UUUGUAUUUGGUUUGAGCAGAAGCAGAGGAAAAAGAGAGGAAGAGAGAGGAAGGAAGAAAGAAGGGGGAAGCAUGGCAGAACAGCUUACGGAAGAGCAGAUCGCUGAGUUCAAGGAAGCUUUCAGCCUCUUCGACAAGGACGGCGAUGGCUGCAUCACAACCAAAGAGUUGGGGACAGUAAUGAGAUCUCUGGGACAGAAUCCCACUGAAGCUGAACUGCAAGAUAUGAUCAAUGAAGUUGAUGCUGAUCAAAAUGGCACCAUUGAUUUCCCUGAGUUCUUGAAUUUGAUGGCACGCAAAAUGAAGGAUACUGACUCUGAAGAGGAACUCAAAGAAGCUUUCAAGGUCUUCGACAAAGAUCAAAAUGGCUUUAUUUCUGCUGCAGAGCUUCGGCAUGUAAUGACAAAUCUCGGUGAGAAGUUGACUGAUGAAGAGGUGGAUGAGAUGAUUCGAGAAGCGGAUGUAGAUGGUGAUGGGCAAGUGAAUUAUGAGGAGUUUGUGAGGAUGAUGCUUGCCAAGUGAUGACCAUUGUCUUGUUGUCUAUCUUGUUGGGGAUAGAAAACCGUGCAUAAAUCAUAAAAAUUUGGUUUUAGCUUCACCUUCCUACUUAAUCAAGAUGCUAGAAGGGUUUUUUCCUUUACUUUUUCAUUUUUCUUUCCCUUUUAUUCUGCUCUGUUGAUUAGUCUUUAGCAUGUGAAACUAGUAUGCUUAUUUGGUUUCUUCAAAGUUUGUUGUCUUGGAUGUUGAUGGUAAUAUAUUUCAGACUCCAUGGUUUGUUGAUGAUC